UUCCGGCGCGCUGAGGCGGGCGGGUGAUGGCGGCGCAGUUCCGCAGCUACGUGUGGGACCCGGCGCUGAUCGUGGCGCAGAUGGUGCUGCUACAAGCCGGAUACUACAGCUCCCUCGGGCUCUGGCUCGCCCUCCUCGGCACCUUGGGCAGCACCGGGCCCUCCCUUCACCAGGUCUUCAGCGACGAGAUUUUAGGCUUCUCAACCCUGCUGGGGAGGCUCUCCAUGAUGGCUUUCAUCCUCAAUGCACUCACCUGUGCUCUGGGGUUGCUGUACUUCAUCCGCCGGGGGAAGCAGUGCUUGGAUUUCACAGUCACUGUUCACUUCUUCCACCUCCUGGGCUGCUGGAUUUAUAAUUCCCACUUUCCCUCCACCCUGACCUGGUGGUUGGUGCACAUCGUCUGCACAGCCCUGAUGGCUGCCAUAGGGGAGUACCUCUGCAUGAGGAUAGAACUCAGAGAAAUCCCCCUCAAUUCUGCCCCCAAAUCCAACGUGUAGACUGGCUCUGGCAACAAACGUGCUGCAUCCUGUCAUCAUUCCCAGCACACAAAUGCAUCUGGAAUGCCUGGGAAUCAUCACUGAAGAAGCACAGCAGGUCUGUUGGGACUUUUCUGUUCUUGACCUUGGUGACUGCGUGAGCUGUGAGCAUCUCCUGAGCACCAGCUGACAGCAGGGGAGGAGCAGAUGUUUUGUUACC